GAGGGUGCUUAUAUAUUGACCAAGUCUCAGUACUCUUCCUUCAAAUUCUUGUCAACCUUCCACACUUGAUACUUAAUAGCAAAAGGAAAAAGUGAUAAGGCCUGCUUUGUUCUCCUUCUCAGCUGAUAACAAUGGCGAUGGCUUUCAAAAUGGCGACUACUGGGAUGUGGGUGACGGAUGAGUGCAAGAACUCUUUCAUGGAAAUGAAGUGGAAGAAGGUGCACAGAUACAUAGUGUUCAAGAUCGAUGAAAGGUCCAGGCUUGUCACCGUUGAUAAGGUGGGUGGUCCCGGUGAGAGCUAUGAUAAUCUCGCUGCCUCCUUGCCCAAGGAUGAUUGUAGAUAUGCCGUCUUCGACUUUGAUUUUGUCACCGUUGAUAAUUGCCACAAGAGCAAGAUCUUCUUCAUUGCAUGGUCUCCAACAGCAUCAAGGAUAAGAGCAAAGAUGCUCUACGCAACAUCAAAGGAUGGGCUGAGAAGAGCCUUGGAUGGAAUCAGCUAUGAAGUUCAGGCCACCGAUCCAACUGAAAUGGGAUUUGAUGUAAUUCAAGAAAGAGCCAAAUAGAUGCCUUUUUAAUGAAGUGGGAAUCAUUAAUUAUCAAACUCCUUAUUUAUGCGCUUAGCUAAUCAAUCAAUUAAUCCGUCAAUCUUACUCUCUCUUAUUUGCUAUAUAUAAUAUAAUAAGUUACUAUAAUCCAAUCCAAUGACUGUAUGACAUGUGCUCUUCUUAUUCUUAUAUGCUAGUUUAAUUAUGUUGGUUUCGGCA